AUGGCGGCCGCCGAGCUCCGCGGCUCCGGGGAUGAAGCGCGCACCUGGGAGCGAGACGGCGCCUCCUGCGGCCGCCGCCGGGUGGCGAGGGGCCGGCGGGCGGGGCGGCGCGGGAGGCUAGGCGCUCAUGCACUCGGUAACCUUCAGCCGCCCGGCGCCCGCCUGCGCCCCGCGGAGCCCGGGCCGCAGCCGCCGGGACGGGGAGGCCGGCCUCGAUGGCGACUCGCUGCUUCCGCCGCCGGCUGCGAGGAGGACAGGUUGCGACGGCGCGCGCCCGGCUCCCUUCGGCCGCGGCGAGCCCGGCGGGGGCGGGGAAAGCGAGAGAACGAGCAGGCGGGCCGACGCCACGGCCGCCUCCGCCUCCUCCGCUUCCUCCCCGGCCGCCGCCUCCGCCGCUGGUUGGCCGGCGCCGGGACUGUCGCGCGUUUUGCCUGUCAUCGGGGUCGCAAAGCGGCGCUUUACGGCCGUCACGUGACCGUUCGCCUGUCAAGCGCUGGGCGCCCCGCUGGCGGGCGGGAACGGCCGACCCGUGUGGCCGGGGCGCCGGCGGCAGGGUCCGGGAGCCAGGGGAGCCGCAGCACGUUUCUCCGGUUUGCGCUGAGGCCUGGGCCGCGGCCAGGACGCGGUUCGGCGCCUCGCGCGGUCAGUCACACGCAAGCACAUCCAGCUCCGGCCCAGCUCGGCACUCCUACACCGCCCGACACGCACCCUUUCCAGCGGCCAGCUGUCUGGUGCUGUCUCCAGAGUCGCCUCUGCGGCCCCGGCAGGGACCUGGCAGGUGCCGAGGCCUGUGGCCGAGCCCAGGAGCCCGGCGGGGCGCGCUCCGGGACGACGCUUGCUGGAACUCGGCGAGCCCGGCCGGGGAGCGCCGAGGCGGGCGGAGCCGGUUGGCUCCAGCCCGGGCGACCGCCGGGCGCCCAGGAGCUCUCGGCGCGCCGGCCGCAGGGACCGCCGCCCAGCUGGUCAGGCCUCAGCCCGCGGCCUCAGUCAGCAACGCCCCGGUCCCGCCCGGCGUCGCGGACUCCAGCCGCAGAGCAGCGGGCCCGGCCGGGCCGCGCGGAUCCCGCUCGGGCAGGGGCGGCGGGCAGAGCGGGCGGGCGGCGGACGGCGGACGGAGGUCCAGCGCGGGCGGGCGGCGGCGGCCCGAGGCCCAGGGCGGGCGGCGAGGGCGCGGGGCCGCGGGGGCGGGGCGAGCGCGCGGCCGGCCGGAGCACCGCCGAGCCGGGGGCGGGGCAGGCAACCGAAGCGGCGGCAGCCUCCGCGGAAAAAGCGGCAAAGCGCCGAGGGAAGGGAUCGGUCCUGAACGGGGAAGACGCGCAAGUGCCCGCAGCGGCAGCAGCAGCAGCAGCAGCGAGGGGAGCGGCGGCCGGAGAUUUCGGGGAGCCGGGCUACAAAAGAGACUGUCAGCCGCUGCCCGCGAGGGGCUCCGCCGCCCCGUCCGCGCCGCAGACGAGGCGCGCGGGCCGGAGCCGCCGGAGGACUUCCCGGCCCCGCGGCCCCGAGCGCCGGAGCUGCUGGGCGGCCGCCGAGCAGCCGGCGAGAGCGGCUGCGCCCGGGGGCGGGGGCGACCGCCCGUCCCUCCGAAGACCCUUCCCGUCGCCGGAGGCCCCCCGGAAUACCGCAGAGGGCGGGGAGACCGCGGCGGGGGCGCUCGCGGUGGAGAGCCCGAACCGGCUCGGCCGGAGGCGGGAAGUGACCGGCGAUGCGGAGGCGAGCCGCCCGGCCGGCUCGAGCCGCGUAGACGCUCCCCCGCGUCGCCCCGCCACGUCCCCGGGCUGCCGGGAGUCCCGGGACCCGGCGGGGCCGGCAUGCCGGGCUUGGCGGGGCUCUGCGGCGCGCCCCGCCCGGCUCCCACGGCCCGCGAGGCUCGGCGGGGCUGCGGCCGCGCUGCCGCCCGGCUGCGGACGCUCUUCUGAGGACGUCCAGCUCGCCGGGGAGCCGCCGGGCGCCGCGGGCCGCCCCGGGCGAGCGCCUCCAGCCCGCCCCCCGAGCACGUCGGCAUCCAGCCGCCGCCGCGCCCCGCUGGCCGGCGGCGCUCCGGCUGCCCCCUCCGGGGACGGACGGCGAGGACCUGCCUCAGAGCCGGCCUCCAGCCGCCGCUGUGAACACGGGCGGGCCGAUGCCUCUUCUCCUCUCGGCGGCUUCUCCUUCCGCGGAGUUCGCCGAGCCGACCUGGUCCCCGGAGCCUCCGCACAUCCUCCCCGCAGGGCCGCGGAGCUUAGGUACGUGACCGCGCUGCCCACGGCUCGCGCGCAGCGUGGUCGUCCGCGCAGAACGCCACCGCUGUGGACGCGCGUCCGUGGAGGCACCGGGAUCCUUGUCAGGGGUUAA